GAUGCGAUGCCCUGUGCAUCCCGUCGAACCCACUUCGUCAUGACGCCGGCUCUUCCAUGCCGUCUUGUUAUUGGUCUUCUGGACUUGGCUGUAAGCGAAGCAGCGAGUGUCUCUCGGACAUGUUCGUACUGAUCUCGUUCGCUUCGAUCCUGUCGUACCGUUGGCUCAACUCCAUGGUGAACCCAAUCUUCCUCUCCUCCCGACUUACAUUGGACCCUCCAUGAUUGCCCACAAUUCUCGAGCCUUGCUCGUCUCCGAACAUCCCCGCGAGAAGAAGACGGCGGCCAUUCCGUCUCAGACUCCCCGUCAAGGUCAAGUGCGAUCCUGCAGGGUUUGUCGACUGCGCAAGGUCAAGUGCGACCGUGUCAAACCCUGUCACGCAUGUUGUGCUCAUGGCUACCCAUCCAAGUGCGUUUACGAACCAGGCACGGACGAGGAACCCCAGCCCAUCAGUCAGGCGGACGAGAUUCAGAAUCUGCGGGUGGACAUCCGUGACUUGACCAUCCGCCUAAACCACAGUGAGCACCGACACCGAUCGGAGCGGCGUCUAGCCCAGCUGCAGAAAUUGUUUGCGACGAUACGUUCGGCCCCGCUGGAGGUUGUGGAUCGACUGGUUACACAACUUCGCGCUGCCCCCGGCGGGUCGAAUGAGUGGGAAGCACCGGAAGGUGGGUGUGCUAGACAACAGACAUGCAGGAACAGCGAUAGUAGCAGGGAUAGCGAUUACUAUGCCUCACACGGAUCGGACAUUUUUGAUUUCAGUCGCAGCCCUUCCGAGAGCAGCGAGGGUUCGUCGGGCUCGUCGGUCAUUAGCUUGAACACGUCUAGGCCCAUGCUCGAUGUAUUUAUUGAACGCUUUGUCGACGCCUUUAGCCCGGAAGUGGAUGUGAAAUCGGGGCAGGCGGGAGCCCUGCGACGCGCAGCGGAGAUACGCAUGUUUUCGCCCAUUCUCAUGGACGCCUUCGAAGCGGUCUCGGUAGCCUUCUUUGGUCGGGCUGUCCAGGAUCCGCGCAUCGAGUCUUCGGGCUUCCACCUGUACCCCCGAGUCCUGCGGAGCCUGCAGCAUGCUUUACAGGACCCGGAACGGAGCAAAGCCGAGUCAACCCUGGCCACCGUUAUCCUCCUGAUGGCAUUUGAGAGUGUCGAACGGACCACGCAAGGCUCGCUGACAGCCCAUGUUAACGGUGCGUUGCGUUUAAUCGAGCACCGCGGACCGGAUAAUCAUAUCUUUGGAGUGGAGCACCUCCUCUUCACAGAACUCCGUCCGUAUUGGGUUGGGGCUGCCCUCGUCACGCGUCAGCCCUCAUUUCUCGCACGAGAGGAUUGGAUUAAUGUGCCCUGGUCGGCUGGGACGACCAAGAAGGAUAUCCUCCACUACUUGCUAGAUUUAACGGUCGAGGUGCCGGCACUGCUUGCGGAGUACGACGCAUUGGAGGCCACGCUACGGUCGGGGGUUCCCACUGCGCAUGAAAUUGCAGUCAAACAGACAUCCCUUUGGAACAGGGUUUCCGACCUCACCUGCCGGUUCAUCCAAUGGAAGGUUGACUGGGUGGAUGCCUAUCCGGACGGGCCGCCCAGGGAGGUCGCCGCCGAACCCAACGACCUGUUUCCCAUUUUCCGCUGUCGCGACCUCCGGACUGGCGCCGUGAUCACCCCGACGAAAUUUGAGUACCCGAACCUUCGUCUGGCCCAGACGAUGUGCCUCUACUACACCUCGCGGCUGGUUUUGUCGUCGGUCGACACCCGACCGGACGACCGGGUGGGGCCCAUGCAGCAAUAUGCGCUAGGCUGCGGUAUUUGCCGAACUCUCGAAUGGUACAUCUUAACGGCACCGGGUAACAUGAUCAAUCGAUUGGCUUUCCCCGUGCGGGUUGCCUGGGAGGUAUUCCCCGAUGGAGGGCCCGAACGACAGUUCAUCUACGACGUGUUGAAACUGGUAGAGAAGCGCCACUCGCUGGGGCUAUGGGGGAGUGGAAUGUCGGAGUUAUCUCCGCGUGCUGGGCCACCACCGAAAGUAUGA